AUGCGGGUGUGUGUGACCUUAGGGAUCUUUGCCUGGAAAAUGGGACGUAAAAAAAUCGAGAUAAAAUUUAUCAACGAUGAAAAGAAUCGACUGGUCACAUUUGCAAAGCGUAAAAGUGGUCUAUUUAAAAAGGCGUACGAGUUAAGCGUAUUGUGUGAAUGCGAAAUUGCUUUACUAGUAUUCACACGCAGCAAUCGCCUUUAUCAGUAUGCUAGUGUUACGGUGGAGCAUGCUUUACAAAGAUUAAAGAAACACCAUCGUGCAAAUGAAUUCCUUAGUAAUUCUGAUAUGGAAAGGUUAACAAAUCGCCGCAUGAGAUCGAAUUGUAACGGCGGAUCCGGUGUUAUCCCGUCACAGCCUUAUUCAAAUAUGAAAAGCGAAGACAACGAGGACGAUGGCUGCGUUGACGAAGAUGAUGAAGAUGAUAAUGAUGUGGAGCAACCUUCCAUUGCAGAUAUAGAAAAGAUGAACAAUAACAAUGGUUGUGAUCAAAUUUGUCAGCCAAGUGACGAUGAUAAACAGAAGUUCGAUCAAAUUGACAUUCAAUCAAAUGUGAGAUUUGUUGUUGAACCACAGUCUACAUUUGGUAUUCAUCCUCGAAAUUCAAUAAAUACUGUAACAGAAACUCAUAUGAGACCGGUAAGCUCAAUGAGUUUACCGCCUAAUUCACUAAUUUCAUCAUUAAACACAGUGGAAAAUGAAUAUUUGCCUCAUAUCCAACCUGUUCUUGUUUCUCACAUAUCAUCAACUACAAAACCUGAUUCCCCCUCUAAUUCCCAACUAAUUCAUUAUCCCAGAUCAUCACAUCAACCAAGUCUGAACUCCUCCUCAGUGUCUCCAUUCACCUGUAAUAAUAGUGUUAUAAACUCAAAGGCAUUGUUUACUAAUUUACCAAAAUCAACUAGCCAUCUUCCUGAUCACGUAAAUAACAUUUUAGUAUCAAAACAAUCUUCUAUGCCCUACAUUAUUCAACAUUCAUCUAAUAACCAAAUAACAUUACCAGUAGAUUGUGCAAAUUUGAAUGAUACACAUUUAGUUGACGAUAAUACUUAUAUGAAUACAUCUUUAAAUCAUUCUUUCCCGCAUACAACUGUUAUGAAUUCAAAUACAUCGGAAAAUUUCUCUCCUACUAGUAAUACAGGUCAAAUGCAGUGUACAUUAUUGACACCAACACCGUAUACUCAAGAUUUAAAAGUUGAUCAACCUAUAUUUAUUUUAUCAUCUGUUGUAUCCAAUAAUCAUUCUAAUCAAAAUAUACUGAAUACAAACCUAACCUCCUCAGUGAAUAUGGAACCUGAACCUGUCAAACUUGGACCUCAAGAUUUGCCACAUUUAAGUAAUAGACAUAACUAUUCUGAUUCAUGUGAACAACACGGACAAAUGGAUGAUUAUAGAAGUGGUGUAUACGAAAAUCUUGUCAAUCACUUCACAACAAAUCCAGUUACUAAUAUGGAUAAACCUAUCAUUACUGUUUCAACUAAUAGUCCGCUUACUACACCUGUGCCCCCUAACAAACAUUAUGUUAUUUCACAACAAUGUAUGAAUUCUGAUUAUAAUCUAUCAUCGGAACCAAUGGUAAUUAUUCAGAAAAUCGAUGCACCUACUCAAACAACAUUACCUGAUAUUGUUGAUUUAGAUUGUUUGCCAUCGGCUUCAAUACCGUCAACAUUAUUGUGUAAAACUAUAGCAGUGACAAAGUCAGAAGUAAGUUGUAUCAAUCAUGUCAAUCAUCUAAACAGUACUAGUACUACUAAUACUACUACUAGUAGUAAUAGUAAUGACAACAAUGAUAGCAACAAAAAUGUUACACAAAAUUCCUGUGAUGAAUUAAAUAUGGGAGAAGAAAAUUCACAGCAAAAAGAACAAAAACAGUCACAGAAUCAGUCACGUCAAAAAAGAAUCCCGGCAUUGAAACAUUUGAAAUUACCAUCAACUUGUAGUUCGACAGUUUUACGACAAACUAGUAUACCAAAUGGAUAUUUUUUGUCAACACCGGAAGUGAUCAAUGAACUUGGUCGUUUAGAUGGUCAUCGAAAUAAUAACAAUAACAAUGGUAAUUCAUCUACAGAUUCUCCAGAUACUCAUCAUCCACUUUGGCAUACUUUUUCUCCUGCUAAUAUAUUUUACCGGUUAGGAUUACAUCAGGUUUUAUCAUUGUCACCAGCUCCUCCAACAUCUCGAGAGCCUCCUUUAUUUCCUCUUAGUCAUAGUCCUCCUACGCCUACUUCCAUACCAUCAUCAUCGUCAUUAUCUAAUAUAAAUGCUGAAAAUCAAAAUUCAUUAAUUACUCAACCUGUACUUGUUAGUCAAUCAUCAUGUAUAAAUAUGGAUACGAUUUCAGCAUAUUGUGAAUCUGAAUCUCAAAACUCACCUAAUGUGCUUCCAAAGUAUGCUAAACGAUCGAAAUACUCAUGA